CCCUGGGCGGGCGCCGGCGCCUCCGCCCUGGCUGCCGCCUCUCGCUCCCCUCCUCCGGCGGAGCUGCGGACUGCGCGCGCCGAGAAGUUCUGGGCAAAGUCCCGGGAGCGGGCCGUGCCUCGCAGCGCCGAUCCCGGCUGGGAGACCCGAGCGCGCGGCGGCCAGUGUGCAGCUGGACCUCCGAGCCCGCCGGCUGUCCGCGAGCGGCCGCCUCCGCCCCGCUCUCCUGCGGCUGGUGCGGGAGCAGUCUGCGGCGUGCUGCGGAGGCACCGCUGAAGCCGGGUUGGCGGGUGCGGACGAGCCGCAGAGCCUGGCACCGGGGACCUAGACGGCGCCCCCAGCGGCGGAGCGCGCAGGUUUUCCUCUGUUUCAUCCAAAAUGCUUUUAAAACAUACCGGAUAAGAGCUGAGCCACCUGCCUGUGUGGGACUUCAUUCCUCUCUCUGCUGAUUUCUGAUGGCAUUUUGACUGCUUCAAGACCAAGUGACCAGCUGCUCAUGAUGACUGAUGAAAAGAGCCUUGGGGUGUCCCAGAAGUUGGUCUCACCUUCAAGAAGUACAAGUAGCUGCUCUUCCAAGCAGGGAAGCCGACAGGACAGCUGGGAAGUGGUAGAAGGACUGAGAGGAGAGAUGAAUUACACCCAGGAGCCAUCAGUUCAGAAAGGAUUUUUACUGAAAAAGAGGAAAUGGCCUUUGAAAGGUUGGCACAAGAGAUUCUUCUAUCUGGACAAGGGAAUCUUGAAAUAUGCCAAGAACCAAACUGAUAUAGAGAGAGAGAAGCUGCAUGGUUGCAUUGAUGUUGGACUCUCAGUGAUGUCUGUAAAGAAGUCAUCAAAAUGCAUAGAUCUGGACACCGAGGAACACAUCUACCAUCUGAAAGUAAAGUCAGAAGAAGUCUUUGACGAGUGGGUAGCCAAACUUCGACACCAUAGAAUAUAUCGACAGAAUGAAAUUGCCAUGUUUCCACAUGAAGUUAACCACUUUUUCCCAGGAUCCACAGUCACAGAUGGUGCACCUGGAGUCCUGGACUCCAUUUCAAGUAGGAAGCGAAGCAGCCUAUCAAAGCAGAAUUCGUUUCAAACCGGAAGCAAUCUGUCGUUUUCUUGUGGUGAAACACGAGUUCCAUUAUGGUUACAGUCAUCAGAGGAUAUGGAAAAAUGCUCAAAAGACCUGGCACACUGCCAUGCCUACUUGGUGGAAAUGAACCAGCUCCUUCAAAGUAUGGAUGUUCUGCAUCGGACAUACUCAGCACCAGCUAUCAACGCCAUCCAGGGUGGAACUUUUGAAAGUCCCAAAAAGGAAAAAAGACCACACAGGAGGUGGCGGUCCAGACCUAUUGGCAAAGAUGCUAAAGGAACACUGCAGGUCCCAAAACCUUUUUCUGGCUCACAAAGACUGCAUUCCUCCAAUCCUAAUUUGUCAACACUAGAUUUUGGAGAAGAGAAAAAUUACUCUGAUGGCUCUGAAACUUCAUCAGAAUUUUCUAAAAUGCAAGAGGAUCUGUGUCAUAUUGCCCAUAAAGUUUACUUAACUUUAAGGUCAGCAUUCAAUACCAUAUCAACGGAGAGAGAGAAACUGAAGCAGCUAAUGGAACAAGAUGUCUCCUCCUCGCCAUCUGCCCAGGUCAUUGGUCUGAAGCAUGCCCUCUCCUCCGCCCUAGCACAAAAUACAGAGCUUAAAGAACGCUUAUGCAGAAUCCAUGCUGAGUCUCUGCUCCUCGACCCCCCCGCUGCUGCCAAGUCCAGUGACAGCCUGGCAGAGGAGAACUCCAGAGAUGACAGCCGAGCUCUAGUCCAUCAGCUUUCCAAUGAAAGUAGGCUUUCCAUCACUGACUCCAUGUCUGAAUUUUUUGAUGCACAGGAAGUUCUUCUGUCUCCAAGCUCUUCAGAAAAUGAGAUUUCUGAAGAUGAUUCGUAUGUCAGUGACAUAAGUGAUAACAUUUCUUUAGACAACCUCAGUAAUGACUUAGAUAAUGAGAGGCAGACUUUGGGGCCUCUUCUUGAAAGUGGCAGAGUACCCAAGUCCAAAAGAAGAACUCGCUUGCCAGCACCAUGCCCCAACACCAGUAACAUCAGCUUGUGGAACAUCCUGAGAAAUAACAUAGGGAAGGAUCUUUCAAAGGUGGCCAUGCCAGUGGAGCUGAAUGAGCCCUUGAACACACUACAGAGGCUCUGUGAGGAGCUGGAGUACAGUGAGCUUCUGGACAAAGCUGCACAAAUACCUGAUGCUCUGGAAAGGAUGGUGUACGUGGCAGCCUUUGCAGUGUCAGCAUAUGCAUCAAGCUACUUCCGAGCUGGAAGUAAGCCCUUUAAUCCAGUUCUUGGAGAAACAUAUGAGUGUAUUCGGGAGGACAAAGGCUUCCGGUUCUUUUCAGAACAGGUCAGCCACCAUCCACCUAUCUCUGCAUGUCAUGCUGAGUCUGGAAAUUUUGUUUUCUGGCAAGAUGUGAGAUGGAAAAAUAAAUUCUGGGGAAAAUCCAUGGAAAUUGUUCCCAUUGGUACAACCCAUGUGACUCUGCCAGCUUUUGGAGAUCAUUUUGAGUGGAACAAAGUGACUUCCUGCAUUCAUAACAUCUUAAGCGGGCAGAGGUGGAUUGAGCACUAUGGGGAAAUUGUCAUCAAGAACCUGAAUGAUGAUUCCUGCCACUGCAAAGUGAAUUUUAUCAAGGCAAAAUACUGGAGCACCAAUGCCCGCGAGAUUGAAGGCACAGUUUUUGACAAAAGUGGAAAAGCAGUACAUCGUCUGUUUGGAAAAUGGCAUGAAAGCAUCUACUGUGGUGGCUCCUCCUCUUCUGCAUGUGUCUGGAGAGCAAACCCCAUGCCAAAGGGCUAUGAGCAGUACUAUGGUUUCACACAAUUUGCACUUGAAUUAAAUGAAAUGGAUCCUUUGUCAAAGUCUGUAUUGCCACCUACUGACACUCGAUUUCGGCCAGACCAAAAGUUUCUAGAAGAAGGGAACAUAGAGGAAGCUGAGAUACAAAAACAGAGGAUUGAACAGCUCCAGAGAGACAGGCGGCGGAUCUUAGAAGAAAAUAAUGUGGAACACAAGCCAAGAUUUUUCAGGAAAUCCGAUGAUGACUCUUGGGUGAGCAAUGGCACCUAUUUGGAACUUAGGAAAGAUCUUGGUUUUUCCACACUAGACCAUCCUGUCUUGUGGUAAAGAAGGAAAGAAGAAUGACAGUCCUUAUACGUCUCCUAUGUUUUCUCUCUGAAACCACAAUCCUGUUUCCAUAUAUUUAAAAGAUAUUCUCUAGAAUGAUCACUCGUAUGUAGCUUAGUAUUGUAUUUAUAUAUUUUUGUCAGUAGGUUUCUUUCACAAUUACAGAGGUUAUCACAAUUGUUUAUAUGAAUGUAGGACACCUUGAUAUUUUCUUUUAUAUGUAAACUAUUUAAUAAAAACAGAAAGGUUGAAUGUUAAUGUGUGGGCUAAACAAGAAGCUUUAACACUAAUUUUCCUAUGGUCAGGAAAAUUCAAAUUAAAUUUAUGCCUUACAACAUUAUGUAGGAGGAAAAAUGUCCAUCUCUCCCAGGUGCAUUAAGAAAUAAGAAUGCCCAGGAUUACCUACCCAUCUGCAGGUCACCCAAGCUUAAUUUGGCAAUUCGGAUAUCUCUUUGCCUCAAGCAGCUCUUGAAUUGUACAUAUAGAACAAUUCUGCCGGUGCUGGAGUCUCAAGAAUAUUUGUACUCACAUUAGUGAUUGGGGAGACAGUAUAAGGUUAGUGGAAUGUAUAACUUUACAGAAUAUCAAUAUGACACCUUCUUGACAAGAAAGCUUGUGAUGUCAUCUAUCCAUAUAGUUGUCUUGCCUUAUGUGCAAGACUAUGCCGUUACUCAGAGAAGUGGGUAAUCUGGGAAAUGUCCAUCAAUUAAAUGGCAUCCUAGAGAGGUAGUAGAAAUUUUCCUCUUAGUGAGAAAUGAAUCCUUGACAAGAAACCAUUUUCUGCUCCCCAUCCUACCGUUAGCUCCCCUCCCCAUUUGACCACAUGCCAUGUGUUGAAUGUGGGAUGUCCCAGUUCAGUGUUCACACAGGUGUUGGACUUGAGCAAGAUACCUGAUUGUUUUAAAUAAUCUUACAUAUGUUUUUCUUACAUACUAUUUUGGUAUUCUCUACCUCCUAAAAAGCACCAUAUUUUAGAUCUUAUAUAAAAAGUAUGACCAUCUGCCUUAUAGACAAAUGUAGAGUAUUGAUGCUCUUCCUUUGUGUUGUGUUCUGAAAAAAAUCUUUGUGUGUCAUAUUCCUUUCCUAAACUUUCUUCUUAAUCAUGUCACUGUUUAGUGAAUUCUGCAGCACUCUUAAUAUAGAUUAUACCUACUGAAAAAAGAAAUUUUGUCAUUUUAAAUGUAUUAUCUCAAGUAACAGUAAUGGGAUUUGUGCAGUAGUUGAAUUGUGUUAUCAAAGCAAUUUCAAUUUCUGCCCAUAUUGCUUUAAAACCAAAGCCUAAUUUUUAAGCCUUUUACUAUAAUGUUCAUAAUAAUUCUACAAUGCUGUGUUAAUACAGAGUUCCCCAGAAACCAUUUUUAGAUAUUUAAAUCAUCUCAGAGCAUAUAAAAUGCUAAAAAAAAAACAAAAACUAAAAGCCAACUAGAAUAAGUAAGAAGGAAAGAAGAAUGCAUGAUUUCUCAGUGCCACACCAAAUAAUUUUAAAAUACUGCAUUUUCAAAAUGGAGAGUCAAAGCAGAUCAGGAUCAUUUUGAAUCUGCAGGUGGCAGCCAUCUUAAAAACAAUACCUAACUCAUUAAAGAUUGCAUUAAUUCAUUUCAUUUUGUGAAAACCUCAGGAUGAACGUAAUGUGAAUGCCAUUUCCAUUUCUAUGUAUGAUGCAGGCAAACGGCAGUCAAAUUCUUAGCUACAAGCUUUGUUCUAUUCUUUUCAAGCAUGUGUCCAAAUUCUACAGAGAUAGGACUAAAUAGGCUAUGGAUUUAAAGGUACUCCAGAGGAAGACAAUCUUGUUUUCACAUGUGAAGGUAACAGUAGAAUGUUAGUAAUACUGACUGUAAUAUAGAUCUGCUUUAGAGGUUGGAUCAAAAAAAAUAAUAAAGCAAAACUAUAACAAAAAUUAAACAUAUAGCUUGAAUAGAUAUAGCUGUAUUGUACAGUUUUUGAAAAUAUGUAAUUGUCCCAGUGUUGCUGUUUAAAUUGAUCUUAUGCUUUAUAUUUGAUAAAUAGAUCAGAUAUCACCUUUGGGGUUUUUUUUUAAAGAAUUUUUUAUCUAUUUAUUUUUGAAUAGAGACAGAAAAAGGGAAGAGGAGAGAGAGAGAGAGAGAGAGGGAGAGAGAGAGACAGGAAGACACCAGCACUGCUUCAUGACUCAUGAAGCUUCUCCCUACAAGUGGGGACUGAGGACUUGAAGCUGGGUCUUUGCACAUAGUAGCAUGUGCUCUCAACUAGAUGUAACACCACCCAGUCCCCUUGGAUAUCACCUUUGUAGUCGUCUUGUUUGAAAUGGGAAUAGGAUGAAUUAGAAUACAAUACAGAGCUGCAUGCAAAUUUAAAGUUUACUAGUAAGUUCCAAUAUCUACAAGGGUGUUUUCUGAAAUUUCAACAGUUUGGUGAUAACUAUUGACUUUAUAAUAUUAAAAAUACUUUGAUAUGGUAUAAGUCUUUUCCUCCAUUAAUCCUUACUCUCAAAAGCACCCAUCCAAUUUGGAUCUCAAGAAUUUUAUAUUUUUAUGAUGAGGAAAACAGAAAAGCGGAAUUAGAAUUGUUUGGGGAGAAUUGAGACGAUAAUUUUUUCAAGAUAUUCAGUGUCUUGGUUAAACAGUGUUGAUCACUAUACCAUUUGCCAUGAACCUUUUUUAUAUUCCCAAUUAUUCCAUCCCAAAGUUAUAGUGAGUUACACAGCUGUUCUUGAAAUAUGAUUUUUUUUCAAUCAACCAUGUUGAAUUUCGGCUAUUGCCACUGAGGUUGUUAACAUGCUACAUGGAGGGGCUGGGUAGGGGCACGCCUGGUUGAAUGCGUGUUACAAUGUGCAAAAAACCGGAUUUGAGCCCUCGGUCCCCACAUGCAGGGGGCAAGCUUUGCAAGUGGUGAAGCAGUGCUGCAGAUCUCCUGUCUGUCUGUCUGUCUGUCUGCCUGCCUCUCUCUCUCUCUCUCUCUCUCUCUCUUUCUCUCUUACCAGAGCACUGCUCAGCUCUGGCUUAUGGUGGUGCAGGAGAUUGAACAUGGGACUUUGGAGCCUCAGGUAUAAGAGUCUCUUUGUAUAACUUGUAUGCUAUCUACCCCUGCCCUUUCUCUAGCUCCUUCCAUACUCUUAAUUUCUGGUUGUCUCUAUCCAAUAAGUAAAGAGAAUUUUUAAAAAGAGCCAUUUGGGGAGGUGCAAGUCUCCUGUGGGCAGUAGUAGACCAUUUCUCUCCCUGGACCUCAGAUCCUCUACUAAUGUUUCCCUGAAUCAUUAUAAUGUAAUAGUCCAAGUCUCAGGGCAGCUUUUCCAUGCAGUUCACCUCUUGGAUGCCUGGCUGUUUCUGGUACUAAUUAUACAGUUAUCUGUCAAGUCCCUAAAAUGCUUAAAUAGCUCCCACAUGUGCUUCCUGUGGGAGAGAAAAAUAUACAGAUAAGUUUUUUUUGUUUUGUUUUGUUUAAUGUUUACUUCAUUUUGAGUUGCUGCUUUUCUCUAUUCCACUUUUAAUUACUUCCAGUAAAUCACUUGCUUGGGCUUCAAGCAUUGUCCUACAUCUCUAUUUUCCAGAUUUUUUGAUGGGUAGCCUUGUUCUAAGAAAAAUAAUAAAGUAUCAAGUUUUUAUUUGACUCUUGAGCCUUGAUUAGGUCUACUACAUAUACUACAAGUGAAGCUAUGCCUCCUAGCUGUCAUGGGAUUUCCUCAGACCUUUUAGUUAUGAGUAGGAGCAUUAAGUUGCCCUUAUGAUCUUAGGAGUUGUAGUCCCAGUAUACUGGUAUAAUUUAUUUGAAUGUCUUUCAUUUUGAUAUUAACAUCGGCAUAAAUCUAUUUUUGCUACCAGAUGAUAGCUAUUUUAAUGUGCUCAGUUUUCUCUGCAUUGUAUUAAUCUGGUACUCAGUGUUGGCCUAGUCUCUGUUUUCUCUGUUGGAACUAUGUAUCCAUACAUGUCUGAAAAUCAUGACAUUCUAAAUGUAACCACUUUUGGAAACUUUGGUUUGAGGGGAUGCAAUACUAAUUUAUUGUAUUCAUGAUGAUUUAUCUUCCUCUGUCAUCCUCAGAGGGUACUUUUUAAACUGAUAUUUGUAAAUCUUUCAUCUACCCAUUUGUAAUAUUAUUUUCUGUUUAAAUCCCACCUUCUACCUAUGUGCCCUCCCCUCUUACUAAUUUGUUUAUCCUCCUCAUGUAGCUAGUUGACUGCGAAUAAAUAACAUGGAAAAAUCCA